UUUCUUGGCAUGUGGUUUUGAUUUGGAUAAACAUUAAAAGUUAUGAAAAGCCCGCUCAACAUGUUGACCCAUUUGAUCCCUCUGGUUUAUCCAGGAAUAUACACAAUGAAAUACAGAUUGACCCGUUUCAUAAUAUAUGCAUUUUGGACCGUCUGCAUAGUUAGUAAUGUUUGUACUCAAAACCAGUUGAGCCACACAAGAUUUCACACGUCAAAUUCAUUGGAUGCCCUAACCUUCGUUGCAGAUAACAGGCAAUUUCCUGGCAGAAACGUAUGUGGUUUUAGGGCACAAUAGUAAACUCUGAUAUGGACUUUUUACAGUAUGUGAAGUAUUAGGCAAGGGAAUUGACCUGAAAUUCAUUGAAUGCUUCCCAGCACGAAGGUGUCGUGAUGUGAAGAGGAGUAAUAACACGCUACGCAACCACAUUAUCAACGAUUCGUGGUGAAUUUGAUGAACACUUCAAGUGUCAUACGCGUUUUUGAGGGAUAUUUUGGUUGAAUAUUCUGAGGAUGUAUGUUUCAUAUAGCAGGCUUGUUUGGGCUACAGCCUGCAGAAUUUGUUGGAUGCUAUUUCUAUAAAUCUUACAAAUCAAAUUGGGAUUGUUAUGAUUCAUCUCGGAAUUAUUUCUCUGGUAUGUUUUGAGUAUUUUGGUUUUAGUUUGAAUUGAUGAGUAUCGUUGCUGCAAGACACUUCGAUUUGAGCUUGGCUGUGGAGAAAUUCUUUGUUAUCUAACUAGGUCAGUCAAAGGUGAGCUUGAUAAAUCCAAAUUUGGGUUUUGUAAAGGGUUCGAGACUCUCCCAUGCUUAUAAAGAGAAGCAGAAUAGUCUCUAACUCGAGAUUGCAGGCCGAAUCACCACACCUUCACCAGGAGUAUUAGCCAGGUAGUAUCUUAAGUUAUCCAGAAAUUGAGAUUAUACCCACUAGCAGAAUAAAUCACCCCAGCCAUGGAAGAGUAAAUGCCCAACAGUCUUAACCAUAACCAGUGGCUACUAGCUGGAGGAUUCACUCUAGAGUUGUGAGAAACUAUCUCCAAUAGUCUUAAAUUUAGAGGUUCCACCUUAAAACAAUAGUAAACUCCUGGAACUCAUCAGCCUUUGUGGAGAGUAAAAGCCAAAUGGUCUCAAAGAUACAAAAUUGGAAAUUACUCUGAAAAUAGUAUAAAUCAACUCAGCCUUGCCGAGUGUUUAAGCCUUACUGUCUCAAAUUCAGAGAUUAGACCUUAUAGUGCCCUUGCAAGGAGCAAGGCUCCAAUAGUCUCAAACUCAGAUCACAUGUAAUAGCUGGAGGAGUCAAUCCAGCUCUCCAAAUAACAAAAGUCCAAUAGUCCUAUACUCGAAUUAUAGGAAAUUGCUGGAGAAAUCAUCCUGGCUUUAUCAAGAUAGAUCCAACUUAAGCCUAAGUUACGGACAUAGAGAUUAUACUCAAUAGCAGGAGGAAUCACUUGACCAUUAAAGAGUUAAAGCCCAGUAGCCUCUUAACUCACAGCUGACAACUAAUAGCAGGAAGAAUUAUUAUAUCCUUGGAAAGACUAUAAUUCCAAUAGUCUUACUCAGAUUGGAGCUUUUCGGCCUUGGAAAGAAAAAGAUCACAUUAAUCUCAUUUCUACGUACUAGGGAAAAGGAACUUUAUUUUGCUUUGGCAGAAGAAGAAGAGACCUCUCCAACAAGCGGUAAUUAAUAUGGCAUUGAUUAGAUACAAUCCUUUAGACAGGACAAUGUCCUCUCCAUCCAAGAUAUAUGAUGUUUUCUUAAGUUUCAGAGGGGAGGACGUAAGAAAAACAUUUGUAGAUCAUCUGUAUACUUCCUUGGAAAAUGCAGGGGUUAAUGCUUUCCUUGAUAGCCAAAAGUUGAAAAGGGGGGACGAGAUCAGUUCAACUAUUCAAGAGGCAAUCGACAACAGUGCCAUCCUCAUUCCAAUCUUCACCGCCAACUUUGCAGAGUCCCAUUGGUGCCUGGACGAGGUUGCUCAAAUGUGCAAAUCAAAUGGUAUGUGUAUACCCUUAUUCUUUUAUGUCAAGCCAACAGAUGUAAGAAAUCCUGGGAGAGGUGUCUUUGCUGAGGCUUUUGAGAAGAAGAAACAAAGAUACACACCGGAACGAAUUAGCGAGUGGAAAAGUGCUCUCUUUAAAGUUUCCUCGUUCUCUGGAUGGUCUACAGAAGACACAGCAGGAUAUGAAGCAGAACUAGUCAAGCUUGUAGUCCAGGAUGUUUUCAAGACAUUACAACAAAAGUCUACCUCAGUGGAGGAAGCUCCACCCCAGCCCUCAGAAGAAGACCCCUCAGAUACGACACCCCAAGAGAUCAGAAAUGAACCACUCAGAAUUUCAAAGUCAAUCUUCAUCUAUAUGGCAGAACACAUAAGUAAAGUUAUAAAAAAGCUCAAUACAGAUUCUGAUGAGAAUGUCCAAACUGUUGCCAUUUAUGGAAAUGGAGGUGUCGGAAAAACCUCGCUAGCAAAGGCCAUUCACAAUCAGAUCUAUCUCAAAUUCGAUGCUACCUGCUUUGUAUAUGAUGUGCGUCAUAAAGCCCAAGAGACAAAUGGUGUAGCUAAGAUGCAGCACCAGAUAUUGAAAGACCUCGUUAAGUUCAAGGAUAAAGUUAAUAAUGAGGCUCAUGGAAAGAUGUUGAUGAAGGGCCGUUUGAGGUCCAUUAAGGCCCUUGUUAUUCUGGAAUAUGUUGAUGACUGGAAGCAGUUGGAGGCUCUACGAGGUGAUUGGUUUGGACCAGGUAGCAGAGUGCUUGUAACAACGCUUGACCCCAACAUACUAAAUAUUGAAAAUGGAAGUUUUGUUUAUGAAUUGCAGGGACUGUCUAAGGAACACGCCCUUGAAUUUUUUAGCUGGCAUGCUUUCAUGAGAGAUAAACCCAAAGAAUAUUAUAGAGCAUUGUCAUGCAAAGCUGUGGAUAUUUGCAAUAGGUUGCCAUUUUCACUUGAAGUUUUGGGUGCACAUUUGUAUAAUAAAGACUUGAGCCAUUGGAAUCAAGUCAUUCAAACACUAGAAUAUUCAAGUAACCAUGGCAAGUACGCCAUUCUUAGACUUUGUUAUGAUGGCCUCAAAUCUGACCAAAAGGAGAUGUUUUUAGACAUGGCUUGUUUAUUCAUAGGAAGAAAGAGGGUAAGUGUGAUUAGCUUUUGGAAAGCUAGUCAUUUGCAUCCCAAUGUAGGCCUAACAAAAAUGAAGCUGAAAUCACUCAUUAAAUUAGAUGAGCAAGAUAGACUUGCAAUGCAUAGUGAGCUGAGGGAUAUGGGAAGAGCCAUUGUAGCAGAUGAAUCAGCAGAACCAGGAAAGCGUAGCAGAUUGUGGAAGCCAGAAGAGGUUGAACAAGUCUUAAUGGAAGAAAAGGGAACAGAAAGGGUGAGAUGUCUUACAUAUCUUCAGAAAGAUGUAAAACUUCAAACUCAUAGUUUUCAAAGAAUGUGUAAUUUGCAAUUGCUUUGGCUUGAUGGAGCUCUUGUAGAGGGAGACUAUAGAAAAAUGCCUCCAGAUUUGAAGUGGCUAAGAUGGGAAAACUGCCCUCUAAAAUGCUUGCCAUGUGAAUGGAAUAUGAAACGUGUAGUUGUACUUGAUUUAAGCUUCAGCAAAGGGAUUCAGGCACUGUGGUCAGAACCAUCCAAUAUUGAGGCUCUGAAAAACCUCAAAGUACUUAAGCUAAAUUACUGCACAAGUCUUCAAGUCCUUCCAGAUUUAGCCAACCACACGUCUAUCAUUCAACUGGAGCUCUGUGGUUGUAAAGAGCUGAGGGAACUACCAGAGUCCAUUGGAUUUCUGACAGAGCUUAAGUUCCUUGAUCUGUCAAAUUGCUGCAACUUAAUCCAACUUCCAAACACCAUAAGUAACCUAAAAUCUCUGGAGGUGCUCUUUUUAUCAAAUUGUCACCGUAUCAGAAUGUUACCCGACUCAUUUGAAGAUCUGGGAGUUCUAAAAAAAGUCAAAUUGGAUGGAAUGCCCUUAAAGAAUUUGCCCAAAUCCUUUAGAUGGCUGUCCUGCUUGGAGAAGCUGUCUCUUCAUGGUUGCCAUGAAUUGAGAAGCCUUCCUCAACCACUAGGAGAAUUGAAUCGCUUGCGAUAUCUGGAUUUACAUGGUUGUUCUAGUUUACAGACUCUACCUAACUCAAUCUAUGAACUUGAAAGCUUAUGCCGGUUGGAUAUGACUGGUUGUGGAAGAAUCAGCUUAGAAGCAGAGAUAGGGGACCUUGUUUGUCUGGAAAGGCUGGUCCUAAGUAAUUGUGCAGCAAUAUGGAGAUUGCCUAUAUCAAUAGGUCAGCUUAAUUGUUUACAACAUCUGAACCUGAAUCACUGCACUUCUUUAGUUCGACUGCCAGAGGAGUUGGGAGAUCUGGUCCGUUUAGAGGAGUUGUUGCUCAAUGAAUGCUACAAUCUAUGCGAGCUUCCCCAGAGCAUAGGGAAGCUUUCUUGGCUAAAGACUCUAGAAAUGGAAGAAACCUACAGUCUAUCUGUUCUUCCAGCUAGCUUUUCAAGACUCACGUCCUUAAAGAAUCUAAAAGCGGGUGGUUGUCCUCUACCACAACAUAUUGGAGAGCUGUCAUCAUUAGAAAAUAUGCAUCUUAAGUCAUACAAAAUGUCCUUUUUGCCACCAACUUUUGGCACACUUUUGCGCCUAAGCAAACUCUACCUGCAUCACUGUACAGAGUUUUUGGAACUUCCACUUCUUCCAAAGGAACUCAUUGAAGUGCGUAUUCAAGACUGUUUGGGACUAAAGAAAAUCUCUAACAUGUCACAUAUGAAGAGGCUUAAGCUGCUGAGGAUACACAACUGCAGGGAACUUGUUGAAUUGCCCGACUUUGGGUCCUUGCAGUCAUUGCAAGAGCUCUCAAUAUCAGAAUGUAGGAAUGUUAAGCGUAUUCAAGGAAUGGAAGGGAUGGAAUCCUUAAGAAAAGUGCAUGCUACAGGUUGCAGAUUGGCUGGCUCAGGAAGCUCAAUAUUGAAACCCCGCCAAUUAAUCAAGGAAACACGUUGUCUAGAGUUACUCAGUUUUUCAGCAAAUGGGGUUCCAGAGUGCUUAGAAAAGAAGAUGGAAACCAGUGGUGAUGAUUUACUGAAUGCUACAGUGGACAGCACCGAACAAUGUUCAGGGAUUGUAUUAUGCUUUAUGGUGAGGUUCAAGAGUGGGAUUAGUUCAGUGGGUGUAGAACUAAGCACUUUAAGAGAUGGCGAGGAGAUUUUCAAUACCAGGCUCGUUAACCACUCAAAAACUGUAGAAGGAGAUCAGAUUUUUGUGCACAUUUUGCAUAAAAAUCACCCCAUGGUUAUGAUGCUGCAAAGUGGAGAUGUGGUCCGGGCAAAGGAAGACAGAGAUAAAGGAAGAAUGAUAAGAACUGGUGGAAUGCAAUUCUUCUCUGAAGGAGUAGAUGGGAAAAGAGAAGAUUUAAUACUGGAGAGCUUGGGAAAGGAUUUGACAAAGUUAAUGGAAGAUUACCGUGAAAAUCUAGCCUUUGAAGACGAGGAAUAAAACUGGAGCUGAAAAAUCUUCUCAGGUUGCUGUUCUAGUCAAUGAGGCUCUUGUCUUUAAUAGGAUAUUCCCCUUUUUUAAACCAACCUAAGAAAAUAGCAAAAGUAGCAUGGUAUCCGUAAAUUUUCUGAACCAUAAACAAAGUUAAGUUUUUAGAUCCUAUACAUAAAUGUGAUGUUGCAAUGUCCUAGAUGGGCAACUGCAAUCAUUCAAAUUACCCAUUCAAAUGGAAUUCAGAUGUAUAUAUUUCAUACAAAUGGAAGCAAACCUGUUUGGAACAACUAUGUAAACUGUAAAUCAACGAAAGUAUUCUUAUUCUAUUCUA